GAUAACUCGGACUUGCGAGUUUUUGCCAAAUUUCUUUUGAGUGGUGAAUAUAAUGUUACCGCUAGCCAGAUCAGAGGAGAUCUCUUAAGGAUCUAUACAAUUUUUAUUAAAGAGCAAAAGAGUUUGAAAGUUCCAUUGAAAACUUUGGAAGAUUUUGUUGAGUACUUAAUUGAAUUCAAUGAAAUAAGUGGAUCGGCACUUCUUUGGAGUCCUCCUUUAACGAAUGAUAUUCUUAAGGAUGUCUCAUAUUUGAAAGGACCAAAAUUGAUUACCUUCAACAAGACCAAACUUGAAUAUGUAUGCAAUGUUGAAAAGAAGACAAAAGAUGCACAAACGGUCAAGUUUGUUUCUAGUAAUAUCGACAAGGAUUUGGAUAAUUCUUCCAAGUUAGUAUCGCUUUUGAGUGGCCCAGUCCACACAACACUUCAAAUAGAAGUUCCUGAAUCCAAGUUGGUAAGCGAAUACCACCAAGAUUAUCAGAUGUUGGAAGACUUAUUGAAGAAGCCUACCGCUCAACAAGAUUUGGUAAAAGCAAGAGCUAAACUUAUGACUAUCAAAAAGCCCUUUUUUGAAAUUUGCACCGACUCAAAUCAUGUUAACAAACUUUCAAAUGUGAUUAAUAAAAAUGGGAAUUCAAAACCACUUAUCAAGGUAAAUUCGUCUGAGACAAAUGCUAGAUUACAUAAAAUGAUUCAAGAUUCUCGUAAUCUGAUCUCAUUAGAAGUAUUCAAAUGCUCACACAAUAAAAUCCAUUAUUUGCCCAUAUAUGGCUAUCAUACAGAUCCCAGCUUGGGUGAUUGUUCUUAUUUGGAUACUUGUCAUAAGUUGAAGACAUGCCGCUAUUUACAUUAUUACACCUUGAGUCCCACGAGUAAGAACAAUCCGCCCGGCCAAAAAAAGCUGGGGGUCAGCACAAAGGAGCGUAUCUCCUUCGAGUACACUAUUGGAGAUUGCUUCAACGAGGUUAAUAAGCCUCAAGUGCCAGCGCAGUGGAUCAACUGUGAUGUUAGAUAUUUACCACUUUCAAUCUUGGGUAAAUUCGCAGCCAUAAUCUCUGACCCGGCAUGGAAUAUCCACAUGAACUUACCUUAUGGUACGUGCAAAGACCAUGAGUUAUUGGAGCUUCCGGUACAGCAAUUGCAGGAUGAGGGUAUCAUGUUAUUAUGGGUUACUGGGCGCUCGAUCGAAAUCGGAAGAAGAGCGCUAAUUAAAUGGGGGUAUAAGGUUUCCAAUGAGAUGAUUUGGAUUAAAUUGAACCAGUUGAAAAGAACAAUUGUAACCGGAAGAACCGGACACUGGUUGAACCACUCCAAAGAGCAUUUAUUGGUUGGGGUUAAAGGUAAUCCACCAUGGCUCAACAAAAUGGUGGAUAUGGAUAUCAUUGUCAGUGCUACUAGAGAGACCCUGAGAAAACCUGAUGAAGUUUAUGAGAUUGUAGAGAGAGUAGUGGGGAAGCAUGCAAGAAAACUUGAAAUGUUCGGAAGAGACCAUAAUAUUAGACCAGGAUGGAUGACCAUUGGGAACCAGUUAACCGGAACCUCACUACAUGAAAAAGAUGUUCUUACAAAAUAUAAUGAUCACAAAGCAAAUC